AUAGCAGGAUGUUCUAAUAACUAAAACUCUACAUGUGACCGAUGACAAAAAAGGUAAAUAAGACAAUAAGACAAAACAAAAACAAAAAGUUAGAGAGCUUUUGUCUACUUCCUAUAACUCAAAAUCAAAUCAAACACACACUCAAUAAUAUACAUACAUUCACACACACACACCCCCAAUCGAAAACGAGUGGAGAGAGAGAUGGAAAACGGCUCGUCGUCACCAACGAAAAAAUGGGGAUUCCGGGCAAACCCAGAACUGAACAUGUCAUCGGACAACACAGUUAGAGGCGUUCUCUACAUGCUCCUCUCUAAACUCAACCAAUCUGACACCAGACCCGUCAUCCCUCUCGGUCAUGGCGACCCUUCUGCUUUCCCAUGCUUCCGUACUACAAAGGUUGCAGAAGAUGCCGUCGUUGAAUCCCUUCGUUCUGCUAACUUCAACGGCUACUGCCCUACCGUUGGUAUUCUCCCCGCUAGAAGGGCUGUGGCAGAGUACCUGUCUCAAGAUCUUCCGUAUGACUUAUCACCGGAUGAUGUGUUCUUGACACUCGGUUGCACACAAGCAAUUCAAACCAUAGUAACUGUGCUUGCUAAUCCCAAUGCAAACAUUCUACUUCCUAAACCCGGGUUUCCGUAUUAUGAAGCUAUUGCUAAAUCAUGCCAUUUGGAAGUCCGUCACUUUGACCUUCUUCCCGACCAAGACUGGGAAGUUGACCUCGAUUCAGUCAACGCUCUUGCAGAUGAAAAUACGGUUGCCAUGGUUAUAAUUAACCCUGGAAAUCCUUGUGGAAAUGUUUUCACACACCAACAUCUACAAAAGGUUGCUGAGACUGCCAAGAAGCUCGGGAUAUUACUAAUUUCCGAUGAAGUUUAUAGUCAUAUUGCUUUUGGUAAAAACCCUUUUGUUCCAACGGGAACCUUUGGAUCAAUCACACCUGUAAUCACACUUGGUUCCAUUUCAAAAAGGUGGAUCGUUCCUGGUUGGCGGCUCGGGUGGCUUGUCAUCAAUGAUCCUAAUGGCAUCCUUAAACAACACGGGAUCAUCGAUUGCAUUACAGCAUACCUCAAUAUAUCCUCAGACGCUCCAACUUUUAUUCAGGGAGCAGCUCCAGAUAUCCUAGCUAAAACGAAAGACGAUUUCUUUUCAAAGAUUGUUAGUUUGAUAAAGGAUUGUGCAAAUAUCUGUUAUGAGGGAAUUCAAGAUGUCCCGGGUAUAAUUUGCCCCAGCAAGCCUGCAGGAUCUAUGUUUGUUAUGGUGAAACUAGAUCUAUCAGUGUUUGAGGAUAUUAAGGAUGAUAUGGACUUUUGUGUCAAGCUUAUUCAAGAAGAAUCGGUUGUAAUCCUUCCAGGUAUAUGUGUAGGGAUCAACAACUGGCUAAGGGUGACAUUUGCUAUCGAACCUUCUGCUCUUGAAGAAGGUAUCAAGAGGCUUAAAGCUUUUUGUGAAAGACACUCCAAGAAACCAAAAACUAAAGUAUGAACGCUCGUUCGAUCAUCUCUUGUUUGAUCAUCAACUGCUCGUUGGAUCAUGUAUCUACUAUUUCUUGAAUAAAUUCCCGAUUGGUGAUCGUAUUUAAAAAGUUUUUAUGUUCCUCGGUGAUUGUAUUAUCUUUAAUUACUAUGAUUAUAUAACAUUAGUUUAAGAUGAAAUUGGUAAAAAUAUGAAUGUCUACA